UGCCAAUAUAUUGUUUUUGAAAUUGAAGAAACAAUGGAGCAAGGGAUCAUGGGAAUUGUUAUUUUGUAUGUCUAACAAAGCACAUGGAAUAAAGAAACUGCCCUAAACACAUCUAGUGAACCCUGAUUUUUUUGGUCUUUUUGGGCUGGCAUCUGAAUUGCAAAGGAGCUGCAUUUAUGUUUGUUUGGAUAGUGGAUUAUUGUUUCAGAUUUUUUAUUUUAGAUGUGACUUGAAGAACACUUGCUCAUCUCUACUUUGUUAUAGCUUUGUUAUAGCUUUGUUAUAGCUGUUAUAGCUGGUUGUUAUAGCUUUUGUCACCAUGUGGAAUUUUACUAUCCGAAGAAUUGCCUCUUUGUUGAUUUUUUUCUGCGCUUCAUUUCUUAUUUUUUUGGCCGUGUCACAGUUCCCUGUACUUGAUGAGAUUCUAAUUUUUAAAAGAAGCUCAUCUGCCAGUGAAACUUCCCAUUUGGAAGAGCCAGUCAUUUUAGCAUAUGCUGGUUAUGCAACAGAGAAUGAGGACAAUUUGAUGAUGAAAUUGUCAAAUCCUUCAGCUCCUGAAUUAUUCCCAACUCCAAGACGACCAAGGAAGGGAGUGUCCGACGACACUUUUGUCACCCCUGGAAUUACCAAGAAGGAAUUCAGAGACAGGAGACACAAACUUCUAAGUUUACUCUCCAAGACACAUUUUGGUGAAACUCACGAUAAGCAUUUGGUGAUUAUUCCAAGCAAUCCAACAAAAUACAUGACUACAGAUGUGCCAUAUCCAUUCAGACAGAACACAGACUUUCUGUACUUAACUGGUUUUCAAGAACCAGAUGCUGUUUUAGUAUUACAAACCUUAGAAGGCCAGUCAUUGCCAGCACAUAAGAGUACCUUGUUCAUUCAACCACCUGACCCCAAAAGGGAGUUGUGGGAAGGUAAACGGCCUGGAACAAAGGAUGCUAUUCUAUUCUUUGGAUUUGAUGAGUCAUACUCUAUCAGAAAUUUAGCUCCUGUUCUUAUUGACAGGUAUGCUGGAAGGGACUUCUGUGUGUGGUAUGAUUCCUUACGUCCUACCCACCCUGUGAUCCAUGAUGAAAUUUCCAAGAUUCUAUUCCGCACAGAGAAGUUCAGUUAUAAAAACUUGUUAGCUCUGGGUCACAAUGUUCACAUGCUGAGACUGAUUAAAUCUGAAGCAGAAAUUAAACUUCUAAGGCAAUCAGCCUCACUGACAGCUCAGGCCAUUACAAAGGUAAUGAAAAGUACCCGUCCAGGACUGGAGGAAUCUCAUCUUCAUACCAUCCUUCAAUAUGAAUGUCGUAUGAGUGGGGCUGAGCGGCUGGCAUACCCCCCUGUGGUGGCCAGUGGUCCAAUGGCCAACACCCUUCACUACAUUAAUAACACACAGGUUUUAAGAGACGGAGAGCUGGUCCUUAUGGAUGCGGGAAGUGAAUACCAUGGUUACGCCAGCGAUAUCACCAGGACUUGGCCGGUCAGCGGUAAAUUUAGUAAGCCGCAGAAAGAACUCUAUGAAAUGGUACUUAGAGUGCACAAGAAAUGCUUACAACUUUGUCAAAAGACGGUUUCUCUUGACUAUCUUCAUCAUGCCAUGUUGCUACUCCUCGGAGAAGAACUCAUUGGUCUCAAUUUUAUUUCGAAGAACCUGACCGAAAGUCAGCUUAAAAAGGCUGCCGCUGAAUUUUGCCCUCAUCACGUGGGCCACUAUCUGGGUAUGGACACCCACGACACGCACAUGGUUAGCAGAGGCCUGGGACUACAUCCCGGUAUGGUGAUAACAAUUGAGCCUGGGAUUUACAUCUCUGCGGAUAACACCAAAGUACCAGAAAGGUACCGAGGGAUAGGAAUAAGAAUUGAGGACGAUGUACUGAUUACUGAGAGGGGACCUGAAGUUCUUACGGCGGAAUGCCCAAAGGAGAUUGAAGACAUCGAAAGACUCAUGAACAACACAGAAAUUGCGAGACUAUAAACACAUUGAAAAUUAGCUUCGUUUAUCUAUGACAAAUUACGCUACCCGCAAGUUUUUGUUACUGGUGAAACCUCUUUUUGAAGAUCGCACCAAAGUGUUUGCGAUUUAAGAGUUGUUGUUUGCUUCGUUUGCUGGUUGGAUUCUUCGCGAAUGUCAGACAUUUUUUAUCUUCAUAGUUUUAUGCCACUUGGCAUGUUUACCAUCCUUUGUGCACAUAUUUCUGCUAGUUGGCCGCGAGGAUUGAAGUGACAAAAUCGCGACGAUGUGUGCGAAGAUAUUUGAAAAGUUG